UUUGUAUAUAUCAUUAUUAAACUAAUACAUGCGCAAUAUAUUCAAAACUAAUCGACAAAGGGGAUUAAAGUAUUAACUGCGAAGACAGAGAGAGCCGGUCCUGUCACGACUGCAAUAAUCUAAGACGUCAAUGUAGUUUCUAAAGAAGAAAAUGAGUGGAAGAGGAAAAGGUGGAAAAAUCAAAGCCAAAGGAAGAAGUAGAUCAUCAAAAGCCGGUCUACAAUUUCCAGUGGGUAGAAUCCAUCGUCUUCUAAGGAAGGGGAAUUAUGCUGAAAGAGUUGGAGCUGGUGCACCUGUUUAUCUAGCUGCUGUGUUGGAAUAUCUUGCAGCAGAAGUGCUUGAAUUGGCGGGAAACGCAGCGAGAGACAACAAGAAGAGCAGAAUUAUUCCAAGACAUAUACAACUAGCCAUCAGAAAUGACGAAGAACUUAAUAGACUAUUAGGAUCUGUGACCAUUGCACAAGGAGGAGUUCUACCCAACAUCCAAGCAAUGCUUCUACCAAAAAAGACGUCGAAGAAAGCUGCUGGGGGAUCGUCACAAUCACAAGAAUUUUAAAUCUAAAAUACUGUUUCUGUUCAUAAUAAAAAUUGUAUUUGUCAGUCUGCAAUAAAUUGUUGUAAAUUCUAAA